UUGCCGUUGAAGGGUCUUGUCUACAGACGGGUAAACAUUUCCACCGAGAUGAAUGCAAUAACUACCAAAUCUAAUUAAAAACUCUGUUGGUUGUGUAAGUUAGCAAGCCAGCUGCUAGUUUAGCAGCAGGUUAUUGUUAGUUGGCUAGCUAGAUGUGCUUCUAUGGGAAAGCUGUGCAGUACCUACACACUUUCCAAAAAGUUGAAUUACACAUUAUUUCCGAUGUUGACAGACAUGAGUGAAUGCAUUCUGCAAUAUUUCUGGCAUAGCUAGCUAGCUAGCUACAUUUGUUACAGUGUUCUGCUACAUAUAAAUUGCUAAGCAGUAGGGACAAUGUUGAUGAUAUUACCACUUUUGUGAUGUUAAUGCAAAAGCACAUAUUAAACGAAAUACUAAACCUGUGUAGGCAGCCUGCUGUGUGUUCUCACAGCCAGACAUGUAAGCAUCUCAACCUUUCACCCAGUCCCCUCUGCACUGGGAUUGUGAGCACCCCCACUGUUGGAGGAGUACAUCAGUGGUGUUUAGCGUUGGAGGAGUAGAGUGUAUCAGUGGUGUUAUCAUUAGAAGUAAGUGAAUUGCUCUUACUAAUGCAUUUGUUUGACAGGAAAGACAACUCGUUUUUAAUUAAAUGGCCUCUAUGCUGCUUGCAGAAGUACAAGUUCAAACAUAGGCCGAGUACAGGUUCUUAUAUAGCGCAAGUGAACAGAAAACCUGGCUUAAAAAAAAAACAAAUAAAGCAACACCUCACGGCACAACGCUUCUCCCCAUGUGACCUACUUGUUGUAUAUGUAACUGAUAGAUGCACACACUACAUGUUAAUGUUUUAAAAUGUAUGUAAAUUGGAAAGUAUUUUGUCUGUAAUGUCUUUCUCGUUAUGUGUCGGACCCCAAUAAGACUAGCUGUCGCCAUUGGCGUCAGCUAACGGGGAUCCUAAUAAAUCAAAUCAAAAUAUGUGACUCACAACAUCCCUUUUCAGCUGGUUCAUUAACAUGAGUUUUUUUUUUAUUAUCCCAUUUACUGUCCUUAUAUAGUUGUUCAGCAGUGGGACCAGGGCAUUGAGUGAGACUGGACCCCCCCAGGCUAAAUUCUUUCCUGCAAAUGAAGGAUCAAUGCUGCUCCCUGGGACUUACAAAGGCAAAGUGGCCUUUAUCACAGGAGGAGGAACGGGGUUGGGAAAAGGCAUGACCACAACACUGUCAGCACUAGGGGCAGAGUGUGUCAUCGCUAGCAGGUGGGUGGAGACUUGGUAGUCAGUUGGGCUAUAAAUCCUAACUUUAGGUCAACUCUACUGCUGCCUUCUUGCCCUCACAAAUUAGAAAAUCACACAUUUUUGUUGUAAUUUAUAGAAAACUGGACGUUUUGAAAAAGACUGCAGAGGAAAUUACAGCCCAGACAGGAAAUAAGGUACUACUACUGAUCAAUUACCCACAUUGAAUGCAUUCAUUAUCCAAGAGUUCUAGAGACUGAUACAUCAGUAUGAACUCUGCUUUAAGUUGUGUUUGAUACUUGAAGACUCUAUCUGCAGGUCCAUGCUGUGCAGUGUGAUGUGAGAGACCCCAAGGCAAUUGAAGCUGCUGUGGACCAACUGGUGGAGGUUGCUGGUCUCCCUGAUGUACGUAGGUGCAGAUCAAGGACAGUUUUGUCUGAAAGUGGUAUACUUCGCUGUUCUAGAUGUACUGGCCAAUAAUACUCCAAUUGCUUGGUAAAUAUCCUCCUCUCUCAUUCCUCUAGGUGGUGAUCAACAACGCUGCAGGGAACUUCAUCUCCCCCUCAGAGAAGCUGUCUGCCAACGCAUGGAGGACCAUCACAGACAUUGUCCUGAACGGCACGGCCUUUGUCACCCUGGAGCUGGGCAAGAGGCUGAUACUGGCCGAGAAGGGUAAGCACCAGAGCUAUCUGAUGGAGCCCAUAAGCACAGAUCUAGGAUCAGCUUUUCCGCCCCAUUUAUUUGUGUUGUAAUGUAUUGUGUAGUGCAGCCACCAGGGGGCAGUAAAGAUUCACCAUUUGCCAACAACUCCUGGACAUUUGAUCCUUGGUAGUAUAACAAGUGAGGAUCAACCCGGAAUAGUGGUGUGGAUGCAUGUGUACCAUGUCUCUCUCAUUUCUAUUUAAGUUUGUCAUAUUGACAGUGAUUGAGCCUCAAUAUGAAGUGCUUGAGCACUUUUCCAUUCACUUGGUCAUAGUCCAGCGUCACUCCACUUGUCCACUGCCCUUGUGCCCUAAGCUCCUCUUGGCUUUGCGUGCAUGCACCCUCUCAUUAAUUCUCUUCCCCUUUUUCCCCUCCUCUCUCUGCUGUCUCCUCUGGUCAAAGGGGCAAUGAUAUGUAAGGGGAGGAUAGGAGAAGCCUUGGAUCUCAUGCAAUGUUGUGGCUAUUUAUAAUGUGUGUGUCUGCGUGUGUGUGUGUGUGUAUGUGUGUGCGUGGAUAAGCUUUAAUAUUCAUUUGAAUAUCCAGCCCUUUUUUGAUUACUGUGGCUUUUCCAUCUGCCCUCAACACUGCAAUUAAGCAAAUCACAAUUAAGCAAUUACCUUGGUGUACAAAGACAAAAACAUGCCAUCACACUAGGGGCCCUAUUCAAUCUGAACUGGUAUUUUUCCAAAACUGCCUUUCUUUCAACAGUGUAAGAAAGCAUAUUUGAAUUGAUAUCCAGGUGUCUGUUCUUCUUUCAUACUAUUAGCAUUAUUCUAUUGCAGGGGUGUCAAACUUUUUGGCUCGAAGACCACAUCGGGAUUUUGAAAUUCAACGGAGGGCCGCACAUUUUUUUUAUUUGAUCGAUUUGUUCAUCAAAAUCAAUUUGCGGGCCAAAAAUAAUAAAUUCCCCUUCCCUGUUCUAUUGGCUACAUAAAUCUAAAUGUGCUUUUAUUGCAGUACAAGAAAGUUGCUUUGUCUUCUCACCUGGCAGCUUGGCUCCAGGCUUUGAUUAAAUAGUCUCACAGACAAACUAUUUAUUCUGCUAGCAUCUCCUUCCACUACCCCGCAGAGUUCUUGAUAUUCCAUGUGUGUGUAGUAGUGUCGUUUGUUUUAUCGAUCUAGAAGUAACCCUGACUCAUGUUCAAUCUAUUGCAGUGUAAUCUGGCCCACAACGGCCACAAUGUUUUAUGAGCUUUAGUGUGCAGGAUAUAUAAGCCUAUUGAACUGUGCAAUGACUAACCGCUGCUCUCAGGUCAAGUCAGCCUAUUAGACAGUCUAAUGGAUAAAUUGGUCUGAACUGAGAUCAGUUGUAAAUUAUAGGGAUGUACAUGAUGACACAUAUUGCUGCUGGACAUAUACAGUGUAUUCGGAAAGUAUUCAGACCCCUUGACUUUUUCAAAUGUUGUUACGUUACAGCCUUAUUCUAAAAUAGUUUUUUUUUUACUCAUCAAUCUACACAUAAUACCCCAUAAUGACAAAGCAAAAAAAGAUUUUUACAAAUAUAAAAAACAGAAAUAUCUUAUUUACAUAAGUAUUCAGACCCUUUGCUAUGAGAUUCGAAAUUGAGCUCAGGUGCAUCCUGUUUCCAUUGAUCAUCCUUGAUAUGUUUCUACAACUUGAUUGGACUCCACCUAUUGUAAAUUCAAUUGAUUGGACAUGAUUUGGAAAGGCACACACCUGUCUAUAUAAGGUCCCACAGUUGACAGUGCAUGUCAGCAAAAACCAAGCUAUGAGGUCGAAGGAAUUGUCCGUAGAGCUCCGAGACAGGAUGGUGUCGAGGCACAGAUCUGGGGAAGGGUACCAAAAAAAUUCUGCAGCAUUGAAGGUCCCCAAUAACACAGUGGCCUCCAUCAUUCUUAAAUGGAAGAAGUUUGGAACCACCUAGACUCUUCCUAGAGCUGGCCGCCUGGCCAAACUGAGAAAUCGGGGGGGGAAGAUCCUUGGCCAGGGAGGUGACCAAGAAGCCGAUGGUCACUCUGACAGAGAUCCAGAAUUCCUCUGUGGAGAUGGGAGAAAUUUCCAAAAGGACAUCAGUCUCAGCAGCACUCCACCAAUCAGGCCUUUAUGGUAGAGUGGCCAGAUGGAUGCCACUCCUUAGUAAAAGGCACAUGACAGCCCGUUUGGAGUUUGCCAAAAGGCACCUGAAGGACUCUCAGACCAUGAGAAACCAGAUUCUCUGGUCUGAUGAAACCUGGCACCAUCCCUACGGUGAAGCAUGGUGGUGGCAGCAUCAUGCUGUGGGGAUGUUUUUCAGCGGCAGGGAGACUAGUCAGGAUCGAGAGAAAGAUGAACGGAGCAAAGUACAGCGCAAUCCUUGAUGAAAACCUGCUCCAGAGCGCUCAGGACCUCAGACUGGGGCAAAGGUUCACCUUCCAACAGGACAACGACCCUAAGCACAUGGCCAAGACAAUGCAGGAGUGGCUUCGGGACAAGUCUCUGAAUGUCCUUGAGUGGCCCAGCCAGAGCCCGGACUUGAACCCGAUCGAACAUCUCUGGAGAGACCUGAAAAUAGCUGUGAAGCGACGCUCCCCAUCCAACCGGACAGAGCUUGAGAGGAUCUGCAGAGAAGAAUGGGAGAAACUCCCCAAAAACAGGUGUGCCAAGCUUGUAGCGUCAUACCCAAGAAGACUCAAGGCUGUAAUCGCUGCCAAAGGUGCUUCAACAAAAUACUGAGUGAAGGGUCUGAAUACUUAUGUAAAUGUGAUAUUUCAGUUUUUCAUUUUUUAUAAAUUAGCUAACAAUUUGAUCCAUUUUAGAAUAAGGCUGUAACGUAACAAAAUGUGGGAAAGUCAAGGGGUCUGAAUACUUUCUGAAUGCACAGUAAUUACAAAUCAAACAGAUUACAACAUAUUGACAGUUGGACAUAUUUUUGUUUCUUUGGGGUAUGUACAUACGUUGUGUUUGUAGGUGCUGCGUUUCUGGCCAUCACCACUAUCUACGCAGAGACCGGCUCUGGAUUCGUUGUGCCCAGCGCGGCUGCCAAGUCAGGAGUGGAAACUCUGUGCACGUAGGUAUUUCCAAACAGGCACAACCAAAAAACCUAUCACCUGUUUAGGACCCCUUUCCCUGUCCUAAACCAACCCGUCACUCCUAUCACUAGGCUCCUUAACAGAGAGGCAGAAUGGCACACACCACACGGAGGUAUCCGCACUGGCCUCAUUUGAAAAGAUUUGGCUUUCUCACAUGUCAAACGCCUUAUGAACACUAAUGCAUUUUUAAAGAGAAGCAGUCAUUAGCAUAACGAAGGACCAGGAACAUUUAAUUAACAUUAAAGUGUGUCUCUCUCUCCCGAUCCUCCUCCAGUAGGAUUUAGACAAUAAUGAAGACUUAUGGGCUCUGUGUGUGUGUGUGUGUGUGUGUGUGUGUACCUUGUUCGUUCACACGUGUGUGAAUCCAUUAGUGUGUGUGUGUGAGAACCCAAUAAAAUCCUGAAUGGGACCGACACCUUUCAUGUGAAGACAGGGAAGCUCUUAUCAAAUGAAGAAUACACCUUCUUAAUGAACCUCUGAGGGCUUUUACCCAAAGAAAGAUCCCACUCAAUAUUAGUCCCUAUCAAUCCCAUUGAAAGAGUUAAUGACACUGAAAGGUUUCCCCAUAAACCCAGGGUACUGGGAAUGAUAAAUGGGGGAACUAUUCGUGUCUCUCACAAUCAUGUCCCCUUUGUACCUUGAUAUGUUUGACGUCCUAUACAAGUAACCGCAGUGUGUGUGUGUGUCUUUGUGUAAAACAGUGUGCGUUUGUACGUACAAUAUGCUUGUUGUGUGUUUGUUUGAAUUACAAGGACAGACUAGCUGGAUUGUCAUUUAAGGUUACGCUUGAAUCCAAAAUAAAGGAAACACUUGAGUAAAUGAGGGAUACAAAAUACACUACAUUACCAAAAGUAUGUGGACACCUGCUUGUCGAACAUCUCAUUCCAAAAUCUUGGGCAUUAAUAUGGAGUUGGUCCCCCUUUUGCUGCUAUAACAGCCUCCACUCUUCUGGGAAGGCUUUCCACUAGAACAUUGCUGCGGGGACUUGCUUCCAUUCAGCCACAAGAGCAUUAGUGAGGUUGGGCACUGAUGUUGGGCGAUUAGGCCUGGCUCGCAGUCGGCGUUCCAAUUCAUCCCAAAGGUGUUCGUAGGGGUUGAGGUCAGGGCUCUGUGCAGGCCAGCCAAGUUCUUUCACACCGAUCUCGACAAACCAUUUCUGUAUGGAUCUCGCUUUGUGCACGGGGGCAUUGUCAUGCUGAAACAGGAAAGGGCCUUUAUUCUUCCUCCACCAAACUUUACAGUUGGCACUAUACAUUCGGGCAGGUAGAGUUCUCCUGGCAUCCGCCAAACCCAGAUUUGUCCGUCGGACUACAAGAUUGUGAAGCGUGAUUCAUCACUCCAGAGAACGCAUUUCCACUCCUCCAGAGUCCAAUGGCGGUGAGCUUUACACCACUCCAGCCGACACUUGGUAUUGCGAAUGGUGAUCUUAGGCUUGUGUGCAGCUGCUUGGCCAUGGAAACCCAUUUCAUUAAGCUCCCAACGAACAGUUAUUGUGCUGAGGUUGCUUCCAGAGGAAGUUUGAAACUCGGUAGUGAGUGUUGCAACCGAGGACGGUCGAUCUUUACGCGGCACGCGCUUCAGCAUUCUGUGAGCUUGUGUGGCCUACCACUUUGCAGCUGAGCCGUUGUUGCUCCUAGACAUUACCACUUCACAAUAACAGCACUUACAGUUGACUGGGGCAGCUCUUGCAGGGCAGAAAUUUUACGAACAGACUUGUUGGAAAGGUGGCGUCCUAUGACGGUGCCACGUUGAAAGUCGCUGAGCUCUUCAGUAAGGCCAUUCUACUGUCAAUGUUUGUCUAUGGAGAUUGCAUGGCGGUGUGCUCGAUUUUAUACACCUGUCAGCAACGGGUGUGGCUGAAAUAGAUGAAUCCACUAAUUUGAAUGGGUGUCCACAUACUUUUGUAUAUAUACAGUGAGGGAAAAUAGUAUUUGAUCCCCUGCUGAUUUUGUACGUUUGCCCACUGACAAAGAAAUGAUCAGUCUAUAAUUUUAAUGGUAGGUUUAUUUGAACAGUGAGAGACAGAAUAACAACAAAACAAUCCAGAAAAACGCAUGUCAAAAUUGUUAUAAAUUGAUUUGCAUUUUAAUUAGGGAAAUAAGUAUUUGACCCCCUCUCAAUCAGAAAGAUUUCUGGCUCCCAGGUGUCUUUUAUACAGGUAACGAGCUGAGAUUAGGAGCACACACUAAAGGGAGUGCUCCUAAUUUCAGUUUGUACCUGUAUAAAAGACACCUGUCCACAGAAGCAAUCAAUCAAUCAGAUUCCAAACUCUCCACCAUGGCCAAGACCAAAGAGCUCUCCAAGGAUGUCAGGGACAAGAUUGUAGACCUACACAAGGCUGGAAUGGGCUACAAGACCAUCCUCAAGCAGCUUGGUGAGAAGGUGACAACAGUUGGUGCGAUUAUUCGCAAAUGGAAGAAACACAAAAGAACUGUCAAUCUCCCUCUGCCUGGGGCUCCAUGCAAGAGCUCACCUCGUGGAGUUGCAAUGAUCAUGAGAACGGUGAGGAAUCAACCCAGAACUACAUGGGAGGAUCUUGUCAAUGAUCUCAAGGCAGCUGGGACCAUAAUCACCAAGAAAGCAAUUGGUAACACACUACGCCGUGAAGGACUGAAAUCCUGCAGCGCCCGCAAGGUCCCCCUGCUCAAGAAAGCACAUAUACAGGCCCGUCUGAAGUUUGCCAAUGAACAUCUGAAUGAUUCAGAGGAGAACUGGGUGAAAGUGUUGUGGUCAGAUGAGACCAAAAUGGAGCUCUUUGGCAUCAACUCCACUCGCCGUGUUUGGAGGAGGAGAAAUGAUGCCUAUGACCCCAAGAACACCAUCCCCACCAUCAAACAUGGAGGUGGAAACAUUAUGCUUUGGGGGUGUUUUUCUGCUAAGGGGACAGGACAACUUCACCGCAUCAAAGGGACGAUGGACGGGGCCAUGUACCGUCAAAUCUUGGGUGAGAACCUCCUUCCCUCAGCCAGGGCAUUGAAAAUGGGUCGUGGAUGGGUAUUCCAGCAUGACAAUGACCCAAAACACACGGCCAAGGCAACAAAGGAGUGGCUCAAGAAGAAGCACAUUAAGGUCCUGGAGUGGCCUAGCCAGUCUCCAGACCUUAAUCCCAUAGAAAAUCUGUGGAGGGAGCUGAAGGUUCGAGUUGCCAAACGUCAGCCUCGAAACCUUAAUGACUUGGAGAAGAUCUGCAAAGAGGAGUGGGACAAAAUCCCUCCUGAGAUGUGUGCAAACCUGGUGGCCAACUACAAGAAACGUCUGACCUCUGUGAUUGCCAACAAGGGUUUUGCCACCAAGUACUAAGUCAUGUUUUGCAGAGGGGUCAAAUACUUAUUUCCCUCAUUAAAAUGCUAAUCAAUUUAUAACAUUUUUGACAUGCGUUUUCCUGGAUUAUUUUGUUGUUAUUCAGUCUCUCACUGUUCAAAUAAACCUACCAUUAAAAUUAUAGACUGAUCAUUUCUUUGUCAGUGGGCAAACGUACAAAAUCAGCAGGGGAUCAAAUACUUGUUUCACUCACUGUAGUGUAUAUUUAAAGCAGGUGGUUCCACUCAGGUGUGGUCCCUGAGUUAAUUAAGCAAUUAACAUCCCAUCAUGCUUAGGGGUCACACAUAAAAAUGCCUGGUUGCCCAGUGACUUUGAAAGAGGGGUCUCAAAGGAGCGUAGGGGGUUUAAAGGGGUGUGUGUAUCAGUCACAGACGUGUAGUCGCAUACUGCAGAGUUGCCUAUAGCUGGUUGGCCCAUUCAUGCAGUGUUUUUUUCAGUGUGAAUGAGCGCUACUAUCCGAUAAUGGAUUCCCCCCCAUAUGAAAUCGCUCACCCCAAAAAAGUAACCCCUCUCUAUUUUGUGAAGGCAGCGGCGGCCAAAUUCCAUGCCCAUUUAUUGCACUAGGCAUCUCAGGGGAGAGCUAGCCUAUUUUUAGCUCCUAUUCGUUCAUUACAGUUUUUUGUGCGGAGGUUUUCAAGAAACUAGAGGGAAUAAAUCAAUUCAACAAGCACCACCCUCGAUGCCUCUCGCUAUAAUGUUCCCAAAAUGACAUGGAAUGACUAAAGCGCUCCUGGCAUCUACUUUUUGGCACUCCAGCUUUUUCUGUAUGAAUAGUCGAGAUGUAUUUUGUUUUUAGGUGCCGAGCUUUAUAAAUCAAUUUGAUUGAUUGAUUGAGCUAGUUACCCUCCAAUCAUAUUAGACUUAGAAUGAAGGCCCCAUUAUGAGUGACCUCCUAUGAGAAUAUUUAGGAGGUAGUGCCUCACUCCUAGGCUCAAGUCUAAACUAAUUCCUAGCGCCUACACUAGGCCCUCUUUAUUAGUACAUGCAGUAGUGGUAGUUCUUGGAGUUUCUCUUCCUUUUUUUCAUGUGUAUGUCUAUUGUAUAUGCGUAUGUAAACAAACUACUGUUUGUUUCUCAGGUCUCUGGCUGCAGAGUGGGGGAGGUAUGGCUUGAGGUUUAAUGUCAUCCAGCCAGGACCAAUCAGAACCAAGGUAGCAGACACAACUCUGGCAUGAAACUAUACAAAUAUACUGUGUUGCCAUUUUUAUGUCUUAAAUCUUUCCCUUUCUAGUCUUAUCUUGGCUUGUAAAUGUGUGAUUGGCUGUGUUUUGUGGCCUCUUCUCUUUGUGUAGGGGGCCUUCAGUCGUCUCGAUCCCACGGGCAUGUUUGAGAAGACCAUGAUCGGCAGGAUACCCGUGGGCAGGCUGGGCACGCCCGGAGAGAUUGCCAACCUGGCAGCCUACCUGUGCAGUGACUACGCCAGUUGGGUGUCUGGAGCGGUAAGAGAAUGUGUCUUGAUAAGCUAACCAGGCAGUGGAUAUCAAUCAUUAUGUUAGCUGAAUGCCUGCCUUGCAGAUUGCAGUAAGUCCUUCACUGUAAAUGACAUUCAAGGUGCAAUAGGAUUAAGCAAUGCAGAUAUAGGGAUGGACUAUCGCUAUGGGGAAAAUGAUGACUCAGCCUCAACAUCCACAUAUACCGUGUUCUUCUCUUUGGUUGUGACAUUCUCUUCUAUUUGUAGAUCAUUCGAAUGGACGGUGGAGAGUAUGUCUCCAUGGCAGGAGAAUUCAAUGAUCUGAGGAGGGUAUGUGCUGGAAUUAACUUUGCAAACCCCGUUCCACUGUCAGGACUGGAACCUUAACACUAAAAAGUAAUAUGAACAUAGAAUGAUAAUUUGUUAGCAUUGCUAGCUUUUGCAUAUCCUCUGUUCUGUUAUGCGACUAGUUAUUGAUUCAAUAACAAGAUUGCAAGUGAGCUGUUGCUGGUUGCAGAAAUCGGCCACAUUUUAUGACAGAUGUUAGUUUAUGGAUGCGUGAGUCAGGUUGUGCCUGUUUUAACUUGCUGUGUUUUGUUUGUGUCAGGUCACUAAGGAGCAGUGGGCUAUGAUGGAGACCAUGAUCAGGGGCACCAAGGGAUCCUAA